GGCGCGCGAACCGCGAUCAUGACGGUGGAUGCCCACGCGGAAUGAUGGCAUCUUCUUCGCGACAGGGACUCACCUCCGCUCUCCGGGGCGCCUCUAAGGCCCUCAAUUGCGGGCAACGGCAAUCGCUCGAGCAACAAUUCCGGUCCCUGCGGCUAGGCUCAUCGAUCGUCUCGGGAAGAAGGCACUUGUCGACCGAGUCGGGUGCCGGCGAGCAGCAGGGGCUCACUAUCACCGCCGCCAGCGAGAUUCGGAUCAAAGACCUGGCCAAGAAGUACAAAAUCGCUCAACAUGCCCGCGCAGUGCCCGUGUCGCCAUCCUACUUCUCACGCACACCCACAUUCAACGACCGCUACCUCACUCUUGAAAAGCUGGCCAAGGCAUAUGCCAACCUUCCUGUGGUUCCGGCCGCCGAUGCCGAGCGCGUUGCAUGGAAGACGCUGGCAGAUCUGAGGCAGUCGUUCGGCGAGCCGGUCAAGGCGACCGAAUACGUCAAGUGUCUCGCCAUCGUCAAGAGGCUACAUCAGAUUCACCCCGACCUCAAACCAGAAGCGGUAACGGCCGCUCUCCAGGACUUCAAGCGCGACGUGCAGGGCUUUCACAACGUGCCCACCCCCAUACCCAUCGACAGAUUCGGGCGAGCCCUUGGUGUCGGCAAGAGAAAGUCCUCGACCGCCAGGGCGUUUGUGGUCGAAGGGAACGGGCAGAUUUUAGUCAACGGCAAGACGCUAGCAGAAUAUUUUGGUCGGGUUCACGACCGGGAGAGCGCCGUCUGGGCGCUGUAUGCGGCGGACCGGAUCGACAAGUACAACGUGUGGGCGCGGGUUGAAGGAGGCGGCACCACAGGACAGGCAGAAGCGCUCACACUGGCCAUUGCGAAAGCCCUGCUGGCUCACGAGCCCGCCCUGAAGCCCGCAUUGAGGAGAGCCGGCUGUGUCACCCGCGACCCGAGAAGAGUGGAGAGGAAGAAGCAUGGCCGUGUCAAGGCAAGGAAGCGUCCUACAUGGGUCAAGAGAUGAUUGUUGGUUGGAUGUGCCAUUGUGCGCUUUGGUUUGGCAUGGACAAGCGGAGCCUUCUCUCGGCAAUGAGGCUCGCGUCUAUGUCGGUCCCCUGGAAGCGAUUUUCUGUAACAAUCUGUACCACGGUUGACUGUACAAUACUACAAGGCAUGGAGCUUUCCAGAUCGGCGUCUGCGGCUGAGCUGUGCCG